AUGUAAAAUCAUCAAUUAUUGAAUAAUUUCGAAGACAUUACUAACUUAGUUAAUAAUGUAUGUUUAAACAUGCAAUUAGGAGAAACAAUAUCAACUAAAGAGUUUACUUUUUAUGAUUCAAUGUCUUCUUCUGAAAUAGGUGAUCCAAAAAUGGAUAUAAAGGUAGGAUAUAAAGAUGUAAAGCAUCCUAUUUAAUUAAUAAAAGAUGGAGAAAUAAAAGCAGCGGAAAAUCUUACAAAUCAUGAGUUAAUUCAUUUGAUUGAUUAUUUAUUAGCAUUAGAGUUUACUUGGUUAAAAGGAUAUUCUUUAUCCUAAACACUUUAUUAAUUUGUUUAUUUUUAUGAUGAAAAUUCUUAUAAAAAUAAUUUAAUUUUGAAAUCUUAUAUCGAAUGCUUAUAUUUAAAUGGAAUCAUGAUGUUUGAAACAGUCAGAUAUUCACCUUUUUUAAAAGAAGAUGAUUAUACAAUUACAGUUUUUAGUUUUCCUGAAUAAAAAGAUGAACAAACGAUAUUAAAUCAAAUUAGUGAAGCUGAAAAUUUAAUAGGAGAUAAAAUAACAAAUCCAAAUUUAAGAAAGAAGAAAAAAAACAUAAAUCUAAAUGAAUAUGAUGCCAUAGAUUCUCGUUUAAAAUUCCUCUCGCCAAGACCCUAUCUUGAAAUGAAAAUUGAAGAUGGAUUUUCUAUGAUUGAGAGCUUUUUGGAAAGUUUGGAAUAUAUUUUAAGUCUUGCAAAAGAAUAGAACUUUUAUGCAAUUCUUGAAAAAAUUAUUGAGUUUAAAAAUUUACCUAAAAAUAUCUUUGCAAAAACAUAUUUAGAUUGUAAUAUUUUCUAUUCAACAGGAAAAUAUUUUUCUAUAUAUGAUAUGGGAGAUAUGGUUAAAAAUAUAUUUAAAGAUUUUGGAUUGUCUGACAGCACUCUAAAUUCCUAAAGCUUUUUAGAAUAUUCUUAUUAAUGUUAGAUUGUUUGUUAAAAUUAUAUAACUAAAUACCUUUCUAAUUAAUAUAGAUAAUAUAGAGAUUAUUGUAAAAUUUACUAAGAAUUAAGUAUUUUAAUAAGUUAGAGUGAUAAAUACGAAAAAGAAUUUCUUAUAAAAAAAGAUGAAGCUUAAACUGCUACUACAUGGAGUUAUAAUUUGGCUUGUAGAAUGAUGGCUUAACAUUUACAUUUAGGUUUUUAACUUGAAUUAUUUGAUUUAGCUGAUUAUUGUUAGAUAUUUUUUAUAUUAGAGUUUGUUUAUAGAAUUUUAGAAAUAAACACAUAAAGUUUAAUGUUAAUUAAAUUUGAUAAAUAAUUUAUUUUAGCUUUUUAAACUAAAUAAAACCUUGAUUAAGCUAAAAAAAAAUUAAAACCUUUUUAAAAAUAAUGGUUUUAUUAUUAUAUAUUUUAUAAAGGAUUAUAAUUGUAUGCUAAAGCUAAUAGUCAUAUUUGCUUUUUAUUAGAAAAAUAUUCACUUAUUCCUUAAUUUAAUGAUCCAGAAACUUUAAAAAAUAGAUUUGCGAAUAGAUUUAAAAUAUUUGAAAAUGCAUUUUUUUUGAAAAUGCCCACUUAUUAAUAAUAUUAAGAAAAGGUUAGUGAAGGUUUUUCUAAAGAAAAACUUGAUUAAUAUUGUGAAGAAAUUAAAUAAACUUUAAGUUAAGCUUAAUAAUUAUUUUAAUAAAUUCCUGAAAAUGAAGAAGUAGUGCCCUUAGGAAUUAGAAAUGAUGCCAAAAAAUUAAUAAAAGUAUGUAUAUUAAGUAGUCUAUCUGCCAUGAAAAUAAAACUUAAAAAAAAUGAUUUAUAAAAAUUAAAAGGAAGCUUUAGUAGUAAAGAGCAUAUAUAUUAUCCUUAUCCGGAAAUUUUAUGA